CCUAGGAGGAGCCAUGGCGGCGGCGGCUGUUCCCGGGGCCGGCCGAGAGCGGCGGGCGGCGGCCUGGGGCUGGGGAGGCCGGCUGUGCUCCGGGAACAUCUUGGAUCAACUCCGGCAGGGCCAGGUGACGGGCCAGGGCCUGGCCCGGGGCGCGCAGAUCACAGAGGCUUUUCUGAAAGAAAGAGACAAACAAGCCAAAUGGAAUGGGAUCCCUCUGUUACUUCAAAAACUAUACGUGAACAGCCAACCCAACAGCGAUUUUUCUAAGUGCCAAAGCAUCCUCAAGGAAAUCUCUCCACUUCUCUCUAUGGAAGCUAUGGUGUUUGUUACAGAAGAUAGAAAAUUUUCCCAGGAAUCCACCUUCCCCAACACAUACACUUUUGAUUUGUUUGGAGGUGUAGACCUCCUUGUGGAAAUUCUUAUGAGACCUACACUUACUACUCAGAAAAAGAAACAGAAAAUAAGUGAUGAUCUGACCAAGGACUGUUUAAGCAUCUUGUAUAAUACGUGUAUUUGUACUGAUGGAGUUACAAAGCGUCUGGCAGAAAGAAAUGACUUUGUCCUCUUCUUGUUUACACUGAUGACAAAUAGGAAGACAUUUCUACAAACAGCAACCCUCAUUGAAGACAUUCUGGGUGUUAAAAAGGAGAUGAUCCGGUUAGAAGACAUCCCCAACCUUGCUACUUUAGUUUCCAGUUUUGAUCAGCAGCAGCUUGCUAACUUCUGCAGGAUUCUGGCUGUCACAAUAUCAGAGCUUGACACUGGAAGUGAUGACAAGCAUACGCUUCUUGCCAAAAACGCCCAGCAGAAAAAAAACCUGGGUCCUACUCGUGCUGAAAUCAACCAAGCAACUCUCCUGAAUAUUCCAGGUUUUAUUGAGCGCCUCUGCAAGCUAGCAACAAGAAAAGUGUCUGAAAGCACAGGCACCUCCAGUUUCUUGCAGGAGCUAGAGGAAUGGUACACGUGGCUGGAUAAUGCCCUGGUGUUGGACGCGCUCAUGCGCGUAGCUAACGAAGAGACUGAGCACAGCAGCCCAGAAUCUUCAGAUGAGAGUGGUGUGGCAAACACUUCCUCAAGGACCCAGCUGCCCCAGUCAAUGAAAAUCAUGCACGAGAUCAUGUACAAACUGGAGGUGCUCUAUGUCCUAUGUGUGCUGCUGAUGGGCCGACAGCGGAAUCAGGUUCAUAAAAUGAUAGCAGAAUUCAAACUGAUCCCUGGACUUAAUAAUCUGUUUGACAAGUUGAUAUGGAGGAAGCAUUCAACAUCUACCCUUGUUCUGCAUGGACAUAACCAGAAUUGUGAUUGUAGUCCAGACAUCACCUUAAAGAUACAGUUUUUGAGACUUCUCCAGAGUUUUAGUGAUCACCAUGAGAACAAGUAUCUGCUGUUAAAUAGCCAAGAACUGAAUGAACUCAGUGCAAUCUCCCUCAAGGCCAAUAUCCCUGAGGUAGAUGCAGUUGUCAACACAGACAGGAGUUUGGUCUGUGAUGGAAAAAGAGGUUUGUUAACUCGGUUGCUGCAGGUCAUGAAGAAAGAGCCAACUGAGUCCUCCUUCAGGUUUUGGCAAGCAAGGGCUGUUGAAAGUUUCCUCCGAGGAGCCACUUCCUAUGCUGAUCAGAUGUUCCUGCUGAAGAGGGGCCUUUUAGAGCAUAUUCUAUAUUGCAUCGUGGACAGUGAGUGUAAAUCCAGGGAUGUGCUUCAGAGUUACUUUGAUCUCCUGGGUGAACUGAUGAAAUUCAACAUCGAUGCUUUUAAAAGAUUCAAUAAAUAUAUCAACACAGAUGAGAAGUUUCAGGUUUUCCUGAGCCAGAUCAAUAGUUCAUUGGUGGACUCCAACAUGCUGGUGCGCUGUAUCACACUCUCUCUUGACCGAUUUGAAAACCAGUCGGACAUGAAAGUUGUACACGUUUUGUCAGAGUGCCGCCUGCUAUCCUACAUGUACCAGAUGUCCAACAGAACUACUUUCCUUUUCCGUCUCAUUAACAUUAUUCAUGUACAGACUUUAACACAGGAGAACGUCAGCUGCCUGAACACCAGUCUCGUGAUCCUGAUGCUUGCUCGGAGGAAAGACAAACUGCCUGGGUACCUGAAUGCCCUCCAGAAGAUGGAAUAUGAUGAGAAAUACCCUGGCUUCAUCCUCAACAACUUCCACAGCCUCCUGCGCUUCUGGCAGCAGCAUUACCUCCAUAAGGAUAAGGACAGCACCUGCUUAGAGAAUAGCUCCUGUAUUAGUUUUACCUACUGGAAAGAGACUGUGUCCAUCCUGCUAAGUCCCGACCGGACAUCACCCUGUGCCCUGGUCAGCUAUAUCGAGGAGCCCUAUAUGGACAUAGAUAGAAACUUCACAGAGGAGUGACCUGCCAGGGGCAGGCCUCUGAGGACAUCUUGCAGACAGUGGUGAUUCAGGGAUUACAGUGUGGUGUGUGUGCACUUCUCCAUUUGGAUCCAUGGACCGUGUGGGCCCCCUCUUUCACUCCUGCCCCCUGUUGCUACUCCCCCCCCUCCACCUCCUGCUCCCAUUGCUCCUGGGAUGGGACAUUUCAGGGACUUCUGGUUUGAAGGAGAAAAUACCUUUCUCCAGAAGAGACAGUGCUGUUUUCUCUCCCUGGGGGAGGCAGGGCUCACCGAGAGCUCUUUCCUUCUUUCCUGCCUCUCUGUCCCUAAUCCCUCACAAUUGAAGCUUUUCCUGACCAGUAUCACCAGGCCCUCUGUUUGGGUGCCAUUUCUAAGGGUAGGCCUGUGCUGCAGGCUCCUGGCCUGAGUCACUGAUACAUGAACUCAGAUGUUCCCUGAGGAGGGGCUGUAGGCGGACUCAUCAUUUCCUCUCUUCCCCUUGCUUCUGAGACCUGGUACUGAAUUUGAGGGUCUCUGUCUUUUUAUCUGGUGUUCCCUCCAAGCCUCUCAUCGUUUUUCUCCCCCCGAGAGAAUCCUUUUCCUUAAAGCGCUGGGCAGGAGCCUCAGACCAUUGCUUAGAUGUUGUUCACUGCCCCCAUCUGUGGCUGAGUGGAACUUAAAAUCUUCAUCUCAGAUGUUUCCUCAGCACUCUUCUGUGGUACCUCCUCCCACCCUGGCAUUACAGUCCUCUAUACAAGGGGAGUGGGGCUGGAGAGAGGGGGAGAGGAUAUACCGGUCACCCCACAGUUGGGACGCUUAGCCUUCUCUGGAGCCAGGGAGAGGCCAGAAGUAGUAGGAAGCUCCCCAGAAUUCAGACUAGAAGUGUGUUGUCCCUCAUUCUCUGGUAAGGUGGCCCAGUGCUAAUGAAGAGUACAGAGAAAGGGGUCCAGGGAGUCCUUAACCCCUCUGGAGCCCAUCCUGUGGGACUCUCACCUUGGUUAGCCCAGGACCAGUCCAGCCCCUUGAACAGCAGGCCUACUCUGAGUUCUCGGGUUUCCUUCCCAGGUCGAGCUCCUGGGAUGAGGGCCGGUCCAUCUCCAUCAGUUUCUUGUUUAUUUGAUCCCUGUCCCCAUCUUCUUUUUUGUUUUGACACCUUUUAACGCAUAGGCUGCUCAUGAAAAGAUGUGUUGUCCUUCUGACCUGCCCUAUGUCUCCCUCCUUAAACCCCGGACAGCCUGAGUCACUUUUCCUUCCCAUGCUGGACUCAAGGGGGCUGCCCCCAGCAGAGCAGGGGAACUUGCCCAGGGAGGGCCUGGUCCCAACGCCUUGGUCCAGCAGCCCGUGCUCCCAGGAGUUCUGCCAGCAGCUCUGGGAAGGACAGAAGUUUGUCCUCUUUAAAUCCAAAUGUCAUGGAGUUGUGUCCCUUGACUGUCCCCAGGGCUCAGUCCUUCCCCUGAGGGACUUCUCCCCAGCCUCCCCACAAACAGAUCAGCUCUCCCUGGGAAAGCUCUUCCCCUCCCCCAGGAUGAGGACCGAACCACAGUAUUGCCAAUUUAUUAACAGCAAAUAAACUGAUUAUUAGAUGGAGAGUAUUAAAGUAUUUUAAGUGA